CACAUUUUGUGGUGGCAAUACUUUGCCUUUGGUUGCCAACUUCACGAACUGUCAAAAUGAUCUGUCAGAUUUUACAUGUGAACUUUUAAGGUUAUGUUGCAGUUUUAAAAACGUUUUCUUGUUUAUAAAAGUUAAUAAAUAUGGAAGUACAAAGAAUAUUAUGCCGUUUGGUGAACGAAACGGGAGAAGUGACUGGGGAUAUGAUAGAUCUUCCUGUCACAACAUCUACACAUGAGUUAACGUUAAUUUGUAACGCGUUUCUUCAAAAACAAGACCCUUCUCCCUAUUUGUUUUAUAUAAAUGAAAAUGAAGUUACAAAUACCCUCGAAAAAACUUUGGAUUUAUCCACAAUAAACACAGAAGAAGUUGUUGAUAUUGUUUACCACCAACAGGCAGUGUUUAGAGUUAGACCUGUAACAAGAUGUACAAGUUCUAUGCCAGGUCAUGCCGAAGCAGUUAUAUCUGUAAGCUUUAGCCCUGACGGAAAGUAUUUAGCCAGUGGAUCUGGCGAUACAACUGUAAGGUUUUGGGAUGUAAAUACACAAACACCUUAUCACACUUGCAGUGGUCACAAAAAUUGGGUUUUGUGUAUUGCAUGGUCACCUGACAGUUCUAAAUUGGCAUCAGCAUGCAAAGAUGGAAAGAUUAUUAUAUGGGAUCCUAAUACUGGGAAGCAAAUAGGGAAAACUUUGUUGGGGCACAGACAGUGGGUAACUUCUCUUAGUUGGGAGCCUUACCAUAAAAAUACAGACUGCAGGUAUCUAGCAAGUUCAUCUAAAGAUGGAGAUGUAAGGAUAUGGGACACAGUAUUGUGUAACACACUGUUAACAAUCUCUGGACACACAAAGAGUGUGACAGUUGUAAAAUGGGGUGGAUCCGGAUUAAUUUAUUCAGCAUCUCAAGAUAGAACUGUUAAAGUCUGGAGAGCAAAAGAUGGCGUUCUUUGUAGAUCAUUGGAGGGACAUGCGCACUGGGUUAACACUUUGGCUCUAAGUACGGACUAUAUUUUAAAAAUCGGCGCUUUUGACCCUAUCAAAGAUUCAAACAUUGAUAUUUGCGCGGAUAAAAAAAAAUCUCAAGAAUUUGCGCUGAAAAGGUAUCAUGAAAUAAUUGAGGCUCAUGGUGAGAGAUUGGUGUCAGGUUCAGAUGAUUUUACGCUAUUUCUUUGGAACCCUGAAAAAGACAAAAAACCGCUAGCUAGAUUAACAGGGCAUCAACAACUUGUAAAUGAUGUAAAGUUCUCUCCAGAUGGAAGGAUCUUAGCUUCUGCAUCAUUUGACAAGUCUAUCAAGUUAUGGGAAGCAAAAACGGGCAAAUUUAUAACUACCCUGCGUGGACAUGUUCAAGCAGUUUACAUGGUUUCAUUUUCUGCUGAUUCCAGAAUGAUGGUUAGUGGCAGCGCUGAUUCAACGUUAAAGUUAUGGAAUUUAAAAGACAAAAAACUGGAAAUUGAUCUUCCCGGACAUGCCGAUGAAGUUUUUGCAGUUGAUUGGUCCACAGAUGGUCAAAGAGUUGCUUCAGGUGGAAAGGAUAAAGUUUUAAGGCUAUGGCAACAUUAAAACAACAGUGAAUUAUUUAAUUUUUUAUUCAAACAAAAACAAUAAUUUAAGUAACAAUACUGUACACCAAUAAAAUAAAUAAAGUUUUAAUGUAC